AUGCCUCACACCAAGAUCUUCAGCUUCAACAUGUUUGGUGUCAAGUGGAUCUACACCUAUGAUCCUGAAGUCUUGAAAGCUGUCUAUGCGACUCACUUCAAAGAGUUUGGAGUCACACCAAUUGGUAAUCUUCGGAGAGGACUGACUCCUUUCGCGGACAAGGGCGCUAUUACUACUGAUGGCGAGGACUGGAAGCAUAGUCGCUUCUUGAUUCAACCCUUCUUUGAUCGUCAGGUGUAUACAAGCACCGACAGAGUGGCUCGACAUACGGACCAGUUCAUCAAGCUACUGCCUGAGAAUGGUGAAACAGUUGACUUGCAACCCCUGCUGCAGCGAUGGUUCUUGGACAUCGCCACGGAGUUCAUCUUCGGCGAGUCAACUGAAGCUUUAGUAUAUCCUGAGCGCGCCAAGAUUGCCAACACAAUGCUUGAUGUGCUUAACGUCGGUCGUCUUCGCGCUCAGCUUAACAGGCUCAUGUUUCUUCGUGACUGGACUCCCUGGCUAAAGUCAGUCGAGGAGAUACACGCGUUCGUCACUCCUCCGAUUCAAGAGACCAUCAAGGAGAAGCAUGAGCGCGAAAAGAAGAUUAAAGAGGACGCAGCUGACUUGGAGCCUGAGCGCACUGAUCUUCUAUGGACAAUGGUACAAAAUCUCGAAGAUGUUGAGGAGCUGAGAUCGCAGAUCUGCCUGAUCCUCGUCGCCAACAUUGACACUACAUCUGUGUUUAUCAGCAACUGCGUUUGGUGGCUUGCUCGCUAUCCUGAUGUUUGGGAUAAAAUUCGACAGGAAGUCCACGACUUGGGCGAUAUCCCGAUGAACUUUUCGGUGUUACGAAACAUGAAGUAUUUGAACUGCGUCAUGAAUGAGACUCACCGCAUGAUCCCCAACAACGUGUCUCAACUUCGCGGUGCCUUCGAGGAUGUCGUGAUUCCAGUAGGCGGCGGCCCAGAAGGCAAAUCACCAACUCUUAUCCGCAAGGGCGAUCUUGUUCUCAUCAACAAGACCGUAAUGUAUCGUGAUUCUGAGGCUUGGGGCGACGACUCCAACGAGUUCAAGCCAGAGAGGUUUGACGGGUAUCGAGGUUCGUGGGGCUUUCUACCUUUUGGUGGUGGACCGCGACGAUGCCCGGCUCAGAUGAUGGUUCAGACUGAGGCGGCGUUUAUCCUUGCUCACCUUGCGAAGACUUUUAGGCGCAUCGAGCCUCGCGAUCCAGAGCCGUACGUGCCUGUUAUGAGGAUUGGACCCUCGAAUAAGACUGGUGUCAAGGUGGCUUUAUACAGAUGA